AUGAGUUCAAUCAGCACAGUAGAGCAGCCCCUCUACACGCCGCGGAGGCUGCGAGUCGUCUGCAUCGGAGCGGGAUACGCAGGGCUAAUGCUGGCGUAUAAAUGGAAGAAUCAGCCUGGAAUGCGCGACUUUAUUGACCUGGCAAUAUACGAGAAGAACCCCGAUGUGGGCGGCACCUGGUUCGAGAACAGGUACCCGGGGGUUGCAUGCGAUGUCCCAGCGCAUAUUUAUACCUUCCCAUUCGAACCAAACCCAGACUGGUCCUCGUUCUAUGCCGCCGGGUCCGAGAUCUGGGAGUAUAUCAAGCGGACCACGGUCAAAUAUAACCUCGACGAGCGCGUGCAGUUCAAUUCAAGAGUCUCAUCAACAAUCUGGGACGAUGAGGCUGGAAAAUGGAACAUCCAAAUUCAACACAAUGACACCACCCAACAAGACACCGCCGACAUCGUCAUCAACGCCUCCGGGAUCCUCAACAAAUGGACCUGGCCCAGCAUCCCAGGGCUCCAGUCCUACCGCGGGAAACUCGUCCACAGCGCCGCCUGGGACGAAACACUAGACUGGACGAACAAGCGCGUUGCAAUCAUCGGCAACGGCUCCUCUGCUAUCCAGAUCCUCCCUCAGAUGCAGUCCAGCGCCGCGCACAUCACGACCUACGUCCGCAGCGCGACCUGGAUUGCAUCGAACUUUGCCGCCGAGUUUACGCCUGAUGGUAAGAACUUCCAGUACAGCGAGGCGCAGAAGAAGGAAUUCAGGGAGGACCCUGACGCUCUCUUCCGGGUGAGAAAGACGGUUGAACAUGGCUUCAAUAAACAGUUUCUUACCUUUCUCCGGGACAGUCCUGAGCAAGCGGCUGCGUAUCAGGGGUUCAAGGAGACAAUGGAGAAGAGACUCAGGAAUGACCCGUCGCUGUGCGAGAAACUCAUUCCGUCCUGGCAGGUUGGGUGUCGGCGGAUCACGCCAGGGGACGGAUACCUUGAGGCGCUGCAAGAGCAGAAUGUCUCUGUCGAGUCCCGGCCUAUCGAGGAGGUUACAGAAAAGGGUAUCCGGACACACAAAUCGACGGAGGCGGAAGAGCUCGACAUCAUCGUCUGCGCGACGGGGUUCGACACUACGUUUUCCCCGUCGUGGGAACUGGCUGGGAAGGACGGGAUCCGGCUGGCUGAUCAAUGGCGAGACAUUCCCGAGGCGUAUUUCGGGAUCUGUGCAUCGAACAUGCCGAAUUACUUUAUCUUCAAUGGACCGAAUUGCCCUGUUGGGCAUGGAAGUCUAUUGGCGGCCAUGGAUGCGACGGCGGACUGGGUCUUGCGCUGGUGCAGGAAGAUUGCCAGGGAGGAUAUCAAAUCUGCGACAGUCAAGCCCAGGGCAGUGAGCGAUUAUAACGCGUACACGCAAGAGUUCCACCGGCACAAGACUGUAUGGGCGGGUGGAUGCUCUUCGUGGUACAAGAGUGGUGGGACAGUGACGGCGAUGUACGCUGGCAGUGUCCUGCACUAUAAGGAGAUCCUGCAAGAGUUCCGGGUCGAAGACUUUGAUAUCGAGUACAGGAGUUGCAACCGGUUCAGGUUCAUGGGCAACGGGCUGACCAUUCGGGAGACCUCGGGGGGAGACUUGGCCUACUAUGUGUACAAAUGA